UUUCGCGUUUUUUUAGGUUAGAGUUUGGCUUAGCUGUUGUGCUAGGUAGGUAGUAAGCUUUUUCAGAGGGCUUUGAGUCCAGGCUGCCCACGUUAGAAUCCUGGCGCCGCCACUGUGUGACCUGCAGGAAGUUAUUCAUUUAGCCUUGCUGCCUUAGUGUCCUCAUUUCUAGUACAUUACUGUGAGGAUUUAUCGGCGCAUACAGCACGUAGUAAUACCUGAUAAAUGUUAGCUGCCGUUGUUAUUUGAAGAUAGGCAUUUUCGGUCAGUCUUGAUUCAGGUAGCCUGGUGAGGAGAAUUAAGUGCUGUAUUUGCUGUGGAAAUAAGAAUUUGUGGCUUUAAAAUUGGCAGAUUCCACGUGGAACUUUAGAAAGUAGUAACUGGAUUGGUCCCAGAGAUGUCUUGAAGAAAGUACUAGGUGGAGACAUCGCAAUGAGGCCCUUCCAGAAUACUGCAGCAGCUUGUGCACCGGUAUCACAUUAUCGGACUGUUACAAGCCUGGAUUCGAGUGAAGAGAGUUUUUCUGAUUCAGAUGAUGACAGCUCUGUUUGGAAACGAAAGAGACAGAAAUGUUUUAAUCCUCUUCCCAAAUCAGAGCCAUUUCAGUUUGGCCAGAGCAGCCAGAAAUCAUCUGUUGCUGGAGGAAAGAAGGUUAACAACAUAUGGGGUGCUGUCCUGCAGGAGCAGAAUCAAGAUGCAGUGGCCACAGAACUUGGUAUCUUGGGAAUGGAGGGCACUAUUGACAAAAGCAGACAAUCCGAGACCUACAAUUAUUUGCUUGCUAAGAAGCUUAAGAGGGAAUCUCAAGAGCAUACAAAGGAGUUAGACAAAGAGCUAGAUGAAUAUAUGCAUGGUGGCAAAAAAAUGGAAUCAAAGGAAGAGGAAAAUGGGCAAGGUCAUCUCAAACGGAAACGACCUGUCAAAGACAGACUAGGGGACAGACUAGAAAUGAACUAUAAAGGUCGAUAUGAGAUCUCCGAGGAGGAUUCUCAAGAGAAAGUGGCUGAUGAAAUUUCUUUCAGGUUACAAGAACCAAAGAAAGAUCUAAUAGCCCGAGUAGUGAGGAUAAUUGGGAACAAAAAGGCAAUUGAGCUUCUGAUGGAAACUGCUGAAGUUGAACAAAAUGGUGGCCUUUUUAUAAUGAAUGGUAGUCGAAGAAGAACACCUGGUGGAGUUUUUCUGAAUCUCCUGAAAAACACUCCUAGUAUCAGCGAGGAACAAAUUAAGGACAUUUUCUACAUUGAAAAUCAAAAAGAAUAUGAAAAUAAAAAAGCUGCUAGGAAGAGGAGAACACAAGUGUUGGGGAAAAAGAUGAAACAAGCUAUUAAAAGUCUGAAUUUUCAAGAAGAUGAUGAUACGUCACGAGAAACUUUUGCAAGUGACACAAAUGAGGCCCUGGCCUCCCUUGAUGAAUCACAGGAAGGACAUGGAGAAACAAAGUUGGAUGCAGAGGAGGCCAUUGAGGUUGAUCAUUCUCAUGAUUUAGACAUCUUUUAAUGAUUUAGACAUUUUGGACAUUUGGAAGAAUAAGCCUUUCUAAAAUAACAUUUGUAAUAAGCCCUUCCUACAGAGAAUGCUUUGUUGUACUCUGCAUUGAGAUGAGAGAAUUGUUUUAAAUAAAAAUGAAUACAUGGGGAGAUGAGUGUGACUGACUGAUAGAAAUACUUAAAAAUUUUUCAUAUCUGACAAAACACUUAGAAGUAUAUAGCAGAGGAUUUAAUUUCUCAAUCUCUUGCAUGUGUUAAUUAUGCAUAUUGCUUGUUGAUAAUCAGUUUUUUUCAAGUCAUGGCAUGCCAUUCAAAAGUUUGUUUUUCUGAUUUAUCUUUGCAAUGAACAGUGUUUAAUUUCAAAACAUUCCAUUAAAAGAUCCUAAUGGGACAUGUAAGGAGCGGUGGUGCAAUCGUUAAGCAUUUGGCUGCUAACUGGUAGGUUGGUGGUUCAAACCCACCCAGUGGCUCUGAAGGAGAAAGACCUGGCGAUCUGCUCCAGUAAAGAUUACAGCCUAGAAAAGCAUAUGGGGCAGUUAUACUCUGUCACAUGAGGUCACCAUGAGUUGGAAAUUGAGUCACCUAACAACAAUGAUGAAACAUAAAUUGUUAAGCUAUUUACAAGUGUAUUCAAAUUUGAUUUUUCUGUAUUCUAAACACUUAUAGGCCAUUUUAAAGUUAGAGACUAAAAUUAAAAUAAGUUUAUACUGAUGGCUUUUCUCACUUGUUUGAUCAGGAGUAAAUAAAUGUUAGAAGCUUUUCAAAGAGGUAUUGCUUCUUUAACUUUGUUUUUGACUUCUUGUUAAUUAACUUGGUCAUAUACUAAAUAACUGAAUGUGAUCCAAACCUGUGUAUAACCAUGGACAUUUAAAAAUCUUCCAGUUGGCAGUCUGCCUAGGACUGUUACCUUACGUUAAGGAAGUUAGAUGUUAACAAUUGUCAUAUCUGCAUGAAGUUUCAAAUUUUUCAUUUUUAUUAAUGACGAAAAUAAAGGUAGUUUACUUAAGAUGUUCCAAGAGUUUGACUAUAGUUUACACAACAUAUUAAGCAAAAUGUAUAGGAAACAAAAACUAUUCUUUGCAGAUAAUGUACUUGAAGUCUUUCAGUAGUUCCUGAGAUAUAUGGUCAUUGAAGUUGGAUUUAAUUGGGAAAAGAAAGGGAAAAUGACUUUUGGUUACUUUUUUGUUUAUAAACAAUGCAAAAAUAAAUUCAGAUUUUUGGCAGUCCUUAAUGAGCUUCAAGUGACUUUAUUUUUUAAUCUCAAGCAUUCUUUCAUAAAAUUGCUACAGCCAAGGCAAGAAAAUAUUUUAAAUAGGUAAAUGGAUUUGCAUUUAACUGAAUUUAUAAGAGGUGAUUUUUAAAGUAUAGUACAUCAGGAAAGAUAAUAUUUGAAAAUGUAAUUGCCACAUGUGGUUUUUGCUAGUAAAAGUUAAGGUUUUUAAAGGGCAUUAAUGCCUGAGGCUACUUUAUCUGCAUUGAAUGAAUCUUACAGACACACCCCUGUAGGAUUUACCCUGAUGAAUCGUCUACCUCUCUGUCAUAGUAACUCAAGUGCUCAUUCUCACUCUUUCCUUAUUAAAAUAAGUUUUUAUUAUCUAAAAUAUUUUACAAUGUAACACAUCUUAGAGGUUGGAUUGGUUUGAAUUUAAGCAAAUUCGAUUUACGCCCUUCAAGUGUAUGUUAAGUAAUAGGUGGUGAAACACAAAGGACCCGUAUCAACCAUGUGCAGUAUACAGAAAAGGAAAAUUAUAGCCAAUGGCAAAUACGGAAUGUUAACAUGAAGUGAUUAUUUGUAAUAAUUGCUUAGUCCAACAUACUUUCUAGUACAUUUGUGUCAAAUUUGUAAUACAUCUGCAAGCAUCCCCAUUUUUUAAUUGCUCAUAAGAAAGAUGAUC